CUCGGACGGGAGAGCCGUUUCUUAUCGUUCACUUAAAAGAGCCGGCUCAAAGAACCGGCUCACUAGUUACAUCUUUACAUCACUAGUUACGACACGCCGCGUCAUCAAGCAGGAACCGGCCGGUUUAAGUUCUCAAUGAGACGCUCAGUUCUCACAUGCAUCCAUGAGUUACCAUGUUUAAUGUGACAGCGAGGAUCUCCUGAGUCCAGGAGAGUCCAGGUACUUAUGUCCUGUACAUGGUACUUUCGGUCAGGAGGAUUGACGCUAACAUUUAACUUAGUUUGUGUUAUAUAUCGGGUCCUCGACGGAGAGAAAACUUGACUGCGACACAGAAUAGUAGAAGAAGAAGCUGCUCCAGUCUCACACAGCAGAGAGGAGGUGUUCAAACAUUUUGUGGAAAGCAGCAGAGUGACAGAUCGACAAGAGAAGACCAAAGAUUUUGUGUGUUGAAACAACUCAGUCAUCGUCCUGAAGAAGUAUGGAGCUGUCACUGGCUCACCCAGCCCUCAAAGCCUUCAUGUGUGGCUCCGUCAGCGGGACCUGCUCCACGCUGCUCUUCCAGCCUCUCGACCUGGUCAAGACCCGACUGCAGACUCUGCAGAGUGGCAUGCAUCCUGGUUCGGGCAGAGUGGGGAUGAUGACAGUGCUGCUGAGCGUGGUGCGGACAGAGAGGCUGCAGGGACUGUGGAAAGGAGUUUCACCGUCCUGUGCUCGGACCAUCCCAGGGGUGGGGAUCUACUUCAGCACCUACUACUCCCUGAAGCAGCACUUCUUCCAGGACAGCAACCCGAGGGCCGUGGAGGCCGUAAUGUUGGGAGGCGGGGCCCGGGCGGUGGCAGGUGUCCUCAUGCUGCCGGUCACUGUCAUCAAGACGCGCUUUGAAUGUGGCAGGUAUAGUUAUGGGAGUGUGACCGGGGCUCUGCGCAGCGUGUGUCAGACUGAAGGUCCUGCAGCUCUGUUCUCUGGUCUCAUGGCCACUCUCCUCAGAGACGUUCCUUUCUCUGGUAUCUACGUCAUGUUCUACAGUCAGACCAAGGCCUCACUGCCAAAAGAAAUCAGCACGUCUGCUUCCGCCCCGCUGGCUAACUUCAGCUGUGGGAUCCUCGCGGGUAUAUUUGCCUCCCUGAUCACUCAGCCUGCUGAUGUAGUUAAAACACACGUCCAAGUGAAUCCACAGCUGAGGACAGCCGAGGCUAUCAGAUACAUCUAUAUGGAACACAGCCUCCAGGGAUUCUUCAGAGGGGCGGUUCCACGAGCACUGAGAAGGACCAUGAUGGCCGCCAUGGCGUGGACCGUGUACGAGCAGAUGAUGGCCCGUUUUGGACUGAAGUCCUGAAGGGGACAGUCGAUGAGAAGCACGUGAAAGAAAGAAGAGCUCAAAGUCAAGUCACAGAGUGAAGACAGUAACGUGAACAGGAAGCUACAGCGGAGAUGCGCCUGAUGGUGAUUAACUCAUAAGAGUUUAAGACUUUGAAUGACUUAGAAUAUUUCACCGCAACAAGAGAUGCAGACUGAUGAUGAAUGAAGACGGUGUACACUUGUUGUGUAAAUGACUAACACGCACAUUACAAGAGAGACUUUGCUCCGUGAAAUGUGCUUUGCUGGCUGACGGCUGAAGUUCAGGAGCCAGCUUUUUGGCCAGUGCUUCGUAACUCUGGAGAAAACGUUUCAAAAUAGCACAGGCAUGGUACUCUAUGAUGCUCUGUAUCGCACGUUAAGUUGUAACAAAUUCUGAUCCUUAGUGAGUAUUUGGACGUUUUUAGAAACGACUCAGUGGGAAUUUUUUCACAGUUGUGAUCUCUAUACGACUGCAGUGAUGCAAUCCAUCAUUGCUUAAGGCGGCGUCCCAGAUACAGCUCAGACUUCUGUAAUGCACUUUAACCCCUGCAGGUCUGUCUCAUGCACAGUUUAAAACCUUAAAUGCCAUUCUAAUAAAACUGUGUUAUUUAUAUUCUGACAUUUUGUUUUGUAACACAACAUAAUAUGUGCUUGUAGUAUUUACUCAGUACAUUCGUCUGCCUUCAAAUGUCGUGAUUUUUGUGUUGAUAUUGGUUGAAGUGUACAAUACUUUCAUGCAAAGAUGUUUACCAUUGUCCUACUUUUUUAAGGAUGGUUUAGAAAAUAAAGCACUGUGCAAUAUCUAUAUGGAACAUGAA